ACUUCUGAAAACGAACGUGGACGCGGUGUGAAAGCGGCGCGGCAGGUGCCCGGGCGAGAGAGGGGGCUGUGCUCUCGUGGCUGGGGGGCGCAGUUCAGGGCCGCUCCGCUGUUUUGCAGCCGGGAUGGGUUGUGACUUGCACUAAAUAUUCAAAAUGGCGGGCAGAGGAUCAGCGAGUCAAGAUGAGCGCUUGAGAGCAGAUUCUGCUAGUAGUCCCACUCAAUCAAGUAAAACUACCAUGGAGAAUGAAAUGCAUGUCCAAGUUGCUCAAACAAAUGGGCUGGACUUACAACAGAAACCAAAUGGACAAGCAGCAAAUGCAAUCAGCAAUGUUCAGGCACAAGCCCUGCUCCAACAGUUGAGCCUGAAUUCAGCACUGCAACAGGCUCAGCUCCUGGCAGCAGCUGUACAGCAGUCAGCAGGCCAGCAGAGCAGCACCACUGGAGCCAACAUCUCUGCUUCUGCAGCUACGCCCAUCACUCAUAUCCCCCUCUCACAGCCAAUCCAGAUUGCACCGCAGCUGCAGCCUUCGGGUCUAAACCUGCCUCAGUUCGUAUUGGUGCAGCCUGGCCAGCUUCAACCUGCCCAGUUCAUCCUCUCCCCUUCACCUCAAGGACAGACUGGCCUUCUUCAAUCCCAGAAUCUCUUCACACAACUACCUCAAAGCCAAGCCCAUGUCCUGCAGUCUCAGGUCAUGCAGAUGGCUUCCACACAGGCAGCAACCCCUACACGGAAGAUAGCUGCCAUGCCGGCUCCUGCACCACCCACCCCAAAGCGGGUAGAUAUUUCUCUAGUGGAAGAGGCCAGCGACUUGGAAGAACUGGAGCAGUUUGCCAAGAAUUUUAAGCAAAGGAGGAUUAAACUGGGCUUUACUCAGGGAGACGUGGGCUUGGCUAUGGGCAAGCUCUAUGGAAACGACUUCAGCCAGACCACAAUCUCCCGCUUUGAGGCCUUGAACCUGAGCUUCAAGAACAUGUGCAAGCUCAAACCUUUGCUGGAGAAGUGGCUUAAUGAUGCUGAAAACAUGACAUCUGAUGCUGCAGUUUCUAGUCCCAGUGACCUGUCCCCAGGUCUGUGUGAGGGCUUGAACCGCCGCCGCAAGAAGAGAACAAGCAUUGAGACCAACAUCCGUGUUGCCUUGGAGAAAAGCUUUCUGGAGCAAAGUCAAAAGCCUACCUCUGAAGAGAUCACAAUGAUCGCAGAUCAGUUGAACAUGGAGAAGGAGGUGGUGAGAGUGUGGUUCUGUAACCGGCGGCAGAAGGAGAAGAGGAUCAACCCACCGAGCAGCAGCACACCAGUGAAAACCAUCUUUAGUAGCACUGCACCGGUGUCCAAUGCAUCAAGCGCACUGACUGUAAAUCCAGCGCUUCCUCUCAGCACUGCUUCUCUUCCCGGCAUCACGCUCACUGGUACAACUCUAGGACCCAUCACCUCAAACACAGCUUCAGUCAUCUCGUUGGCACCCGCUGUUGCCACUCCAGCCCCAACGGUUACAUCACCAUCACUUACUACCUCUGCCACUGCAGCAGCUCUGACCAGCUCAAAGCAGAAUGCGGUUACUACAACUGAGACUAGUUCCACUAUGGCAACAGCAGCAGCACAGGGAGCAGGUCAGCUUGUGGUGACUCCGGCAGGGCUGGGAGGAGCCAACCUGGCAGCUGUGGCAGCAGCUGCAGGACUUAACCCAGGAGUUAUUGCACCCACCCAGCUAACUCAGGGGGGAGCAUUGCUGAGUUUGGCUCCGUCGCCUCUCGGCAACACUCUGAAUCCAACAGCUCUAAUGAACAGCACCACACUGGCCACCAUUCAGGCUCUUGCAACUGGAGGGACAUUACCCAUAACCUCCAUUGAUGGAAAUGGCAACCUGUUGUUUGCCAACACUAAUGCAGGAGGUGUGACCCCCAGCCUGGUGACAGCUCCUCUUUUCCUGAACCCAUCUGGUCUGUCACUGCUCCCCACUAGUGUAUUGUCAGCAGGCGCAGCCACAGGUGGGGCUCUAAACCUACAGGUGACCAAUGACACGCACCAGAGUGCUGUUGCAGCAGCACAAGUGCCCGUCAAAAGCAUCACUGUGGCCUCCAAGGCUCAAUGAACUUCUGGCUUCUUCCCUUGCUUUUCUUAGACUUUAUUUAAUCCCUGUGCUAUUACCAAAUACAGAGACAUUUUAUUACUACUACUACUUUUCUUUAUCCUUCUCCUUGUGCCAGGAGACUUUUCUUUUUCUGGACAAUGCUGACUGUCAUUCAUUUCUUAGGACCUUGAUGGGAACUAUUACUUUUUCAGUUGUACAGUAGACCUUGCUGUACUUUUUUUGGCACAUGCUGUGGAAGGAGUGUGAACUCUGCUAUCUUUACCUAAUGGUUGCAUGGGUUGGAGGGUCUUUUUCCUGAAAUCACUUACUAAAAAAAAGAUAUUUGACAAACUGAACCAAAAAAUGUGAGACUUUAACAAAUCCUUAAAUGAGAUUACUCAGCACAACAGAGUUUAUAUUUCACUUUGUACAAGAUUCCUUUUAUUUCCAGGCCUGUUGUGCAGGCCCGUUGUAAAAUAUUUCAGAUUUAUAACCAAGAUCAUUUCAUAUAUUUUAUGGUUUAAUUUAGAGAUGUUACUGAAAAUUGUCUGGGUAGAUGUUUUUUGGGAGGCUUUUUAAAAUGUUAUUGUUCUGACUAUUGCAUCACUUUAUAAACUCGGUUAGAAGGCUUUAAAACUAGUAAUAAAUCAAAGAGGCUCUGGUUCAAAGCAGCGUCUCUUCAAGAGCAAUGCAAGUGGUCUUUGUUCUGUCCGACUCUCGUCUGCAAACACUGACUAAGUUCCUGUUAAAUGCGACACUCGUUUGAGGGUGGGUAAUGUCUUCAAGCAGCACUGAGUUAUAUAGAAGGAUGAGGAAAUUGGAUUUAUGUUCAGAAGAUAGUUAUUCAUAUGACACUUUACACAGUGUCUUUCAUUUGCCUGAUCAUAAAUUAGAUUACCUAAUUUUCUAUUGAUCCUGAUGAUGCGAAAGCAAGUUUUUGCUUUUUUGUUUUUUUUAAAGAAAUGCUUGGGUUAGCGUCCUUUGUAUGUUGGUGGAUGUCAAACAGCCAAACCAAAGUGUCUCAUCACGUAUUACUGAAAGAAGUCACAAAUGUAGCUUUGUACAGUAAUUUAUCUAGUCACUCUCGACCCACAAAUGUCCUUUAAUAGCAACUGUUGAUAGCUUGAACAAGCUUCACCAAACAUUCACAAGAAUCCCGACCUAACGAGAGUUAAUGGGAAAUUAGCACACGACUUAGUUUUUGUCAAAAUACCUACAUUUGUGCUAUAAAUUUCAAAUGGAAGUUUCCAUUAUUAGAUCGGGUCUAGAUUUUUGAUGCAUAAUCUCUCCCUGCCUACAGCAUCUCCUUCCUUAUCCCAUUAACUAGCAACAUUAAAACAGCCGAAGCCUAAUAUUCAAAUGUUUAUUCUUAAACAUUACUUGAGAGCAAACAUACCCCCAAUCCAGCCCAACAUUGUGAAAUUCCACAUGUAUCCAAGUAAAACCAUUUAAAAUAACAACUCAUGCUAAAGGGUGGUGUUUUAAGAAACAGUCGUGUGCUGCAGUAUCUCAUUAGCUUGAAUUGGACUCUUCUUCAACAGUCUGUAAAGCUUGUCCAACCUAAUUACAAAAGUACAUUGAGCAUAAAUGGGUGACUUGGCCUUUUAUCUCUCAGAACGUGAAACCUUUGAGCAUUAGCUGGGCAUUUCUGUGGUAGCUUUGAGGCAAAUAGAGCUGAUUUAUAAGAAGCUUCAACCAAAGUGAACUCAUAGCUGCUAAAUUGACGUCUGCAUCAUAUCACCAUCACUGAAGAGUGUAGAAUGUUCUACCUUCAGCAUCAGAUCUGCUAAGCAUCCAGUUGAGGCCAUUUAUCACGUGUACAUGGAACAGGCAUGUUGGACUUGCGCUUUGUAGCGAGUAUAUUUUUGUAGAAAUACCUCAGCAACAUUUAAUACUAAAACGAAAUACUGAUGUUAAAAGCAUGUUUUGGAAUUUUGACCUCAACAUUUUUUUUUCUCUAAAUACUGUUGGUCCUUGGUUUUUAGAUGAACAGUGUGGCUUUAGAUUGUGGCCAUUAGAGCAUUAAAAACGGCUGACGGUUACUUGAAUGUUGUAGGACGAAUGAUUUCACACUCGGAAAUGUCUGUGAGUACAAUACGUGCUCUUCGCCACUGGCUGUUAACAGCACUAACUGGCAUGCAUUCCCUGUAGGGGGCACCUUUUGAAUGUGCCUGUCUAACCGCAGUUUGCAGCUGUUCUUUAUGUGUACAACCAGUGAAAAAGUAAGCGGUUGGUCUCCACAUGCCUUACUGUUAAAAUGACCAUUAACCAUCUUAGAGAUACAGUUGCUUCGUAGCUUCAUCAAGGCCAUUCAAGUCCACCAAAGUCAUUUCUAAUGCUGUACAAUUCAUCUAAAGAACCAAUUCUAAACACUGCAUAAGAGUCAGGUCUGUAAAAUAUUAAAAUAUUACUCAUAGGGUUGAAGCAGAUCUUUUAUAAUUCUGGUUUUCAUAAUGAACACAUACUAAAUACUACUGCAUUGCUAAUACUACUAUUUCAUGUUUGUACUUGGUUUUUGGGGGGGUGUUGGGUUCUCUCUUACUUGCCAAAGCAAAUGCCUUCUGCACCGCUGCUUUCUACUAGAGAUGUUGCUAACCAGGUACUAACGCGCGGAUGUGUUCUCUCAGCGGGAGCCCCCCUUUCUCUCCUGUACAUGGUCUCAUUGAAAUACUUGUCUUUUGGUCUUUAUAUAUAAGUAGUUGUUAAUAUAUUCUAUACAUCUUAACCUUUAUUUUUUGUCAUUUCAGAUUUAGGACGCACUUAUUCUGUAGUUGUCACAGAAGGAAAAAAAACAGUGCGGGCCUAAAUUCCAUUUGUCUGUCCAAGGCUAAAACCUUUCUUUUUGAGGAGGAAGAGUGCUGAAUUGGGUUUAAUAGAGAUUUUAAUGAACUCCAUUCACGGGUUCACCUGUUGCCCCUCUCAAAUUUCAUGUUAGGUCUGAGAUAAUACUACAUCAGAAAUGGCAGACUUACGUCAGUGACACAAAUGUGUAGCCAUUGUUAUUUGUGAGUGACUUUAAAAAUACACUUUUCUCUCAAGUAUACAGCUUUCAAAGAACUUUUCUACUGUAUCAUCAUUGAGAUCAGUCAUUCAGAGUGGUUAAAUGUGGAAAAAAUGGGAAUGGUGAAUGUAGGAAAACUUGGGGUGGUGGGGCUACAAUGGCAACAAUGUAUUGCCUAUUUACUCACUAUAUAUAUAUAAUUUGAUUUCUUCAGGUUCAUAAAACAAUCCUAAUCAGCCGUUAGGCAUGCAUUCAUAAGAAGCUUGAGUAAUAACCUGUGACGGAGCUCCUAGAGCCAUUAUUGCAUUGGUUGGUUCCCAUCACCACCACUGUGAACAGUCCUGCCAUGUUUUUUCUGGAACUACUUUGAAUGACUUUGUUGGCAUCUUGAUGGUUGAAUUAUGCAGAAAAUUUGGAGCGCUCACUGAAAUUCCCCUUUAAAGGCAUUUUUAAAACUUUAAUUUGGGAUUUAAUUACAUUUCCUACUCAACACUGAUGAGCAGUGGACUUUCAAACUUUGUUCCAAAGUAAAAAAGACUCUUAAAAUACUGUUUAAAUGUUAUAGAUACAAUACCAAAGAUGUCUUCUCUCUUUCUGUAUUCUUUUUUUUUUUUUCAACUAAUCAACUCUUUCCUUGUAAUUUCCAUUUUUUUUCAAUUUACAUUUUAAUGUGUGUCAUUCAAAACCACAUCCUCUCUGUUCUGUUUUCACACUGUAGAGAUGUCUGUAGUACAGUGGUCAGUGUAGGAACAAGGUAUUUUGCAUUUUCUUGUGUGGAAGUUUUGUAAUGUACAUCUUCCUUUAUAGUGGCCUUUUUAUUUUGGGGUUCUGAACAUAUCGGUAUCGAGGUCUUGCUUUCUGUCACUACAGAAUGUGUAUCAUUUUAUGUUUUAUUGUACAGAAAAGGGCUGGUAAAGGUUCUUCACAAAGAAACAAAAUGCACACACAUGUUCUCUAUGGUAAGGUGGGUAAAGGUAUUUAACCUACCGAUUAGGUCAUCUGGCGUUGAUGAGUCUGCUGACUGUUUGUCUUCUGUGUAGUCUCUGUUUCUGUUAGAAUAUACUGUAGUUGUUUAUAUCAUUAAAUCAUUUUCAGUGUGUUCUCAGAA